CCCUUUUCAUUUAUUUAUUUAUUAGCCUUCCAUACCAAAAUGACUGCAUUAAGGUUUUAAUUUUUAGUUUAACUUCGAGUAAAUUAAUUGUCAAGUCAUCUUAACCCAAACUAAUCCUGAUGUGCGUUCAAUCCUGACUGCGCCUCUGUAUUCCAACAAGUGGAGAGUGAGGAUGCGCUCUGUGCGCGUGGCCAUCACUUUCACUGAUUGCGCGUGCACUACUAGAGGAGUGAGGUGCAUUUUCUCUUCACACUGACGGAGCAGUUUCACAGGCAGGCACCAGAGACGCUUUCUCUUAGAAGAAAAAACUACAAAUUGUCGGACCAGUUGCGUUAAACGGAGCGGCAUCGCGAAGAACAGAAGCAGGUGCGCUGCUCGCGCUCUUUAUCUGACGGAACCCUGAAGUCAUGCGCGCGCUAAUCGAUGAAAAGUUCAUUCACGCGUACUAAGACAUAGUCAACGGGAGAAGUGGAGUGCACAGAGCGCGCGUUUCGCUGCUCAUUAAUUACUCGUCGUACAUUCAUUCGCACUGGGAAUAAAAAAGCAUAAUGUCGAGGAAGAAAGGUGUCAAAGGGAAGGGGAGUUCAAAUACACCGAGCUCAUCUCCGAGCAGCGAUAAAGAGAAGGGUAAGAAAGUCCCGACCCUGUCUAACGGAGUGGUGCAUCCCAGCAGAUCCUCUCUCAGCAACAGCGGAGAAUUCUACGACAUCGCCUUCAAGGUAAUGCUGGUUGGUGACUCUGGGGUGGGGAAAAGCUGUCUGCUGGUUCGCUUUAAAGAUGGAGCGUUUCUUGCGGGGAGCUUCAUCUCAACAGUCGGUAUAGACUUCAGAAAUAAGGUGCUGAACAUCGAUGGUGUGAGAGUUAAACUACAGAUCUGGGAUACGGCAGGACAGGAGCGAUUCAGGAGCGUGACGCAUGCCUACUACCGAGAUGCUCACGCUCUUCUGCUGCUCUACGAUGUGACGAAUAAAGCUUCUUUUGACAACAUACAGGCCUGGCUCACAGAGAUCCACGAGUUCUCUCAGCAGAACGUUGUGAUCAUGCUUCUGGGGAACAAGGCUGAUUCCACACAUGAAAGGAUUGUGAAGAGGGAGGAGGGUGAAAAACUGGCCAAGGAAUUUGGCGUUCCCUUCAUGGAAACCAGUGCUAAAUCAGGUCUGAAUGUGGAGUUGGCCUUCACUGCUGUGGCCAAGGAACUGAAGCACAGGGAGAUGAAGGAGCCUAACGAGCCCAAGUUUCAGCUGCAGGAGUAUGUUAACAAGGAGAUGAAGGGAGUCGGAUGCUGUCGCUCCUAAAGCUGCGCUCGCUCGUGCACGUCCGUCUCUCUCUCUCUCUGUCUGUUUGUGUGUUUUUCCACUUUCAUCCUCUUCUCUCUCAUAAACUGGAUGCCUGUCAGAUAUUCUGCAGCUCUAUAGACGUUCAUUUUCAUACGCUGCGUUCUUUCUUUGGACCUCCAUGCACUUCACAGCUCGCAAACAACAGCAAAACAGAGAGAUGCAGUCAUCAGAAUGCAAUAGGCACGUGCUUAAAUAUUCACACCCCUAAUAAACACAGACCCACCUCUCCAAGCAACUGUGAAUGUAUGUUCAACACUCAUGACCAGUGUCUCAAAGUUUGCUUUUAUUACAUGGAAAAAUCAUCCAGUCGUCCAAUUACUUAGAUGCACUUUUCUGUGGCAGCUUCACUCGAACCCAAUUAUAUUCCACUUUUACUGUUAAAAAUAAUCACAAGUGUGUCAUAAACGUGGCUGUUCAGCAUAAGUGUAAAAUCAUAAUUAACAAAGACUUCUCUUUUUAUAAAAUGCGGUUUUCAGUUUGUUUUGUAAACGUCUUACAAAAUGAGUCCUGAUGCACUUUGUAAACACUGAAAAACUAGUGGAACUAGUUUAAAUUGCGUCAUUUUAUUCUUUUAUUUAUUAUUUUAAUAAAACUGCUUGCAUUUCUUGAUUUGUGUCACCUCCAAAUGUUUUUAUUAUUAUUAUUAUUAUUAAUCUUUCUGUUUUUAAAACCUUGGUUAUGAUAGUUGUAAACUUGUCAUUAGUCUCUUUAAGGUUAAAUUCGCUAGACUUUCUCUGUACAAUUCGACAAUUUCUCUUUUUUUGAAUAAACAAUCACACAAUACAAUCCAGCUAAUCGCUAAUUGCUAAUCGCUAAUCGCUAAAGCUAAUCGAGGACAUAAUGGAAGAUUGUUAUAUAUGUAUAUUCAGAUAAAUAAAGAAUUGCAAGAAGUUGUGAAUAAAAAGUAAAACGAGAGAUAAACUGAGAUAAAAAAUUCACAAUUAUCUUUUUAUGUACAAUUUGUUUGUCAAAAGAAGUCAUGCUCAUAUUCAUAUUCGCUCCACUUUUCUCAUUGUUAUUUGUCAAUGUCUUUUCAUAAAAUAUGACCUAAUAUGAAAGAUGAAUGUAUUUAUUGUACAUAUGAAAAACAUCAUAUGGCACUUACAUAAGUUUGCAUAGCAUAUAAUUAAUGUUUUGUUAAAGAUUUAGUAUCGUCAUGUACGCUAAAUAAAUAUAAGCUUUAACUAGAAUUAGUAGCUUUAAGUGAUGUUCAGAAUGUGCCAGAAUUUAAUAACUUGAUGUUAUGUUGAUAAAGUGCGUACUGUGGAUCGUUCAGUAUAUCGUGCUGUACAAAUAUGUUCAUUUGAAGAGUUUUCAGUACUAUGCGUUUGCACUACUGUUCUUGAUGUUUUUGUUGUUGUUCAGAUUUUUUAUAUAAUCUGAAACUAAAGGAAGACCAGUAUAUGGCCUGAAAUUAAUAUUUUCUUGGUCAGAAAAUUUGUACUGAUGUGCCAUUUUUAGCUGCUCAGAGAUUUUUGAUGACAAAUCGACUGAUGUAUAAGUUCAAAUCAGUUUGCUUUUUCCCCCCUUGUGAAGAAAUCACAUGAACAGGUAAUAUCACAGAAAUGACAAGCAAUGGUAUACAGAACUUUUUUCUAUCUGGUAGGUCAAUGCAAAGUGUUGAUCUAAGUGUUGACAGAUUUUUUUUUCUUCUUCUUCUUCAAGGUUUUUAUGUAAUGUGUAUUGUAUUCGCAACAAUAAAUUGGACAGUGAAGUGAA